AUGUCAAGAACCAAUUUCACAGUGGUAACGAAUUUUACCUUUGAAGGUUUCUCUAUUUUUGGGUGGCACCAUAGACUCAUCCUUUUUGUGGCAUUUUUGAUCUUAUACCUGCUAACCCUUGCCAGUAAUGCCAUCAUCUUGACAGUUAUUCACCUGAACCGUCAACUUCACACACCCAUGUACUUCUUCCUAAGUGUGCUGUCCAUUUCUGAGACCUGUUAUACCGUGGCCAUCAUCCCCCGAAUGCUGUCCAGUCUCCUCAACCCAGAACAAGCCAUCUCCAUCCCAGAGUGUGCCAGUCAGCUCUUCUUCUAUCUCACUUUUGGUGUCAACAACUGCUUCCUGCUCACAGCUAUGGGGUAUGACCGGUAUGUGGCCAUCUGUAACCCUCUGCGAUAUUCAGUCAUCAUGGGAAAAAAGGCAUGCUUGCAACUGGCAGGUGGGUCCUGGAGCAUUGGGCUGAGCACAGCCAUCAUCCAGGUGUCUUCUGUGUUCAGUCUGCCAAUGAAGAGAGAGAAUUGCACUCUCAUUACUGAAUUUACAUUCCAAGGUUUCUCCAGCUUCCAUGAGUAUCAACUCACCCUUUUUGUUGUGUUCCUUACACUAUACAUCUUAACUAUAGCAGGCAAUGUAAUCAUUGUGACCAUUAUCCGAAUUGAUCAUCAUCUUCACACUCCAAUGUACUUCUUCCUGAGCAUGCUGUCCACUUCAGAGACCAUAUAUACAUUGGUCAUUCUGCCAAGGAUGCUCUCUAGCCUCGUGGGCAUGAGCCAGUCCAUAUCAUUGGCAGGUUGUGCCACCCAGAUGUUCUUAUUUGUAACAUUUGGCAUCACUAACUGCUUCCUGCUCACAGCAAUGGGGUAUGACCGCUAUGUGGCCAUCUGCAACCCCCUGAGAUACACAGUUAUUAUGAACAAAAGGGUGUGCAUCCAGCUGGUGUGGGGUGCCUGCAGCAUUGGGCUGAUUGUAGCCAUCACACAGGUGACUUCUGUUUUCAGAUUACCUUUCUGUGCCACAAAGGUGGCCCACUUCUUCUGUGACAUCCGACCAGUGAUGAAGCUCUCCUGCACUGAUACCACUGUCAAUGAGAUCUUGACUUUGAUCAUCAGUGUUUUGGUACUUGUUGUUCCUAUGGGUCUGGUUUUCAUCUCUUAUGUUCUCAUUAUCUCUACAAUACUCAAUAUCGCCUCAGCUGAAGGCCGAAAGAAGGCCUUUGCCACCUGUGCCUCCCACCUCACUGUGGUCAUUGUCCACUAUGGCUGUGCCUCCAUUGCCUACCUCAAGCCCAAGUCUGAGAACACCAGGGAUCAGGACCAGCUGAUCUCUGUGACCUACACAGUCAUCACACCCCUUCUGAACCCCGUGGUGUACACCCUGAGGAACAAAGAGGUCAAAGAUGCUCUGCACAGGGCUAUUGGCCGAAAACACUCCUGA